AUGGCGGAGAAGACGGAGAAGACGGUCGAUGCGGUCGCCGAACAGGGUCCCAGGCCCAUCCCCCCGCAGAUGCGCCUGCUGCACGACCCGGACGUGACCUUCGAGGAGUACUACUACUACGCCUGCAAGACGCGCAAGGAGGAGGAGACGCUCGAGGUGCCCAAGGCCGGCAAGAACCUACUGGCCUAUCUGAUUCCCAAUCUGCAGAACGGCGUCUCGAGCGACACCGAGACCCCCGAGAUCAACACCUCGGACCGCGCGACUCGCCUGCACAUCUCGGACGAGGAGUGGGUUAAUGCGUCCAGGGCUGUUCGUACAGCGACCGCUGGCGCCAUCUUCUACCUCAUCACCACCGACAUUCUCGGGCCGUUUGCGCUGCCCUACGCGUUUGCGACCACGGGUUAUGGACCGGGUAUCGCGCUCUACACGGUGUUUGGUUUCAUGGCUGGCGUGUCUGGCUGGUUGCUCUGGGAGUGCUUCAUGGGCCUCGAUUCGUAUCAAUUCCCCAUCCGCGCCUAUGGUGACCUGGGCUUCCGGCUGCUGGGCCCGUGGUGCCGCUACCUGUUCAACAUCCUCCAGGCCAUCCAGCUGGUCUGCAACGUGGCCGUCAUCAUCAUCUCCAAUGGCGAGGCCUUGUCGGAGGCGGCCCAGUUCAAGCUGUGCUACGCCGUCUGCUGUCUGAUCUGGGCGCUGGCCGGCUUUAUCCUCGGCCAGAUCCGCACGCUGCAGAAGUUCGGCUGGCUGGCCAACCUGGCCGUGUUCAUCAACCUGAUUAUCAUGUUCAUCACCAUGGGCGCUGCGGCCCACACGCCUCCUCUGUACUCCGCAUCGGCGUCGUCGGCCGGGUACAGCGUCAACCCGGCCUUGGUCACCCCGGUGAAGGGCGUCUAUCCGCCUGUCCAGCACAGCGCCGGGCUGCCGGACCCCAGCAACUUCGGGGCGUCGGUGAACGGGCUGAUGCAGGCGGUGUAUGCGUAUGGAGGAGCGAUGAUUUUCGCCGAGUUCAUGGCGGAGAUGCGCCGGCCGCGCGACUUUCUGAAGGGCAUGUGGGGGGCGCAGCUGUUCAUCUACUGCUGCUACAUGCUGUACGGCUUGUAUAUGUACUCCUACCAGGGGCAGUACAUCCAGAACCCGGCGUACCUGGGCAUCUCGGCGUACGGGCUGCAGACGGCGGGGAAUUCGCUGGCCAUGGUCAGUUCGCUGAUUGCGGCGACGUUGUAUGGGAAUAUCGGCGUCAAGGUCAUUUAUAACAACAUUUUCGUCGGAUUCUUCAAAGCGCCGCCUCUGACGAUCCGCGCGGGCAAGCUCCUGUGGAUAGCGCUGAUUCCGAUCUACUGGUCGAUCGCAUUCGUCAUCGGGGCCGCGAUUCCGGACUUUUCAGGCUUCACGGGCAUCGUCUCAGCGACGUGCAUCCUGCAGUUCACAUACACGUUCCCACCGCUGCUGCACCUGGUGUUCAACGUCCGCAAGAACGCGCUGCAGCCGGGCGAGGGCUUCGACCCCAACACCGGCGUCGUGGUGCUGCACGACCGGGGCCUGCGCCGGUGGAUCCGCGGCUUCUUCGCCAAGAACUGGUACCUGAACGUAUGGAACGUCAUCUACUUCCUGGGGUCGCUGGCGACGGCAGGGCUGGGCAUCUGGGCCUCCGUCGAGAACCUGAUUGUCGCGUACUCGGUGCCGCAGCUAAACGCGUUUGGAUGCACGUCGCCGUUGGCUGUGUCUGCUUAG